AUGUCGAAUCGUCAUAUCUUUGGGUCUCCUGAUGGACUUGUCACCAAGUGUAUUAAGGGGAUCAUAGCUUAUAACCCAGCCCUCAGCUUGGAUGAGGAGAAUCGUGUGGUAAUCAACACAGAAUAUGACAGAUCAAAGGUGUCUCUUGUCAGUGGUGGUGGAUCAGGACACGAACCAGCUUGGUCUGGAUAUGUAGGCGAAAACAUGCUUGCCUCAUCUGUGGCAGGAGACAUCUUCGCCAGCCCCAGUACCAAACAGAUCCUGGCCGCCAUCGACGCAGUACCGUCUGACAAGGGCACGAUACUGGUCGUCACAAAUUACACGGGAGAUUGUUUGCAUUUCGGCUUAGCAAAUGAGAAAGCCAUCGCCAGGGGUCACAACUGCCGUAUGAUUAUUUGUGGCGAUGAUGUCUCUGUUGGCAGAAAGGGAAGCCUCGUGGGACGCCGCGGUUUGGCAGGACAGCAGGGUGUCCUAAAGGUCAUGGGCGGUGCCGCCGGAGCUGGAGAGUCACUCGACGAUGUCUAUGAUCUUGGCGUUGCAUUCUCAGAUCAGAUUGUGACCAUUGCUGCCACUCUGGAUCAUUGCCACGUACCGGGAAGAACAGAACAUGGCACGCUCAAAAGUGACGAGAUUGAGCUUGGGACAGGACCGCACAAUGAGCCUGGAUACCAAAAGCUCUCGCCAGUACCGACACCAGAAGAUCUCGUCAAGCGCAUUCUCGUCUAUUGCUUGGACGAGAAUGACCCGGACAGAGGAUACGUCAAGUUUGGAAAAGGCGACGAGACAAUGCUUCUCGUCAGCAAUUAUGGUGGUAUCUCAUACCUCGAAAUGGGUGCUCUUGUCGAUGAGAUUCUUGAACAGCUAGCCCGUGAUUGGGGCACCGAACCAGUCCGGGUGGUCUGGGGUACUCUUGAAACAUCCCUAAAUGCGCCAGCUUUCUCAGUGUCUGUAAUCAACGUCACAGCCGCGGCUGAUAACUGCAAAUAUUCUACAAACGACAUUAAGAGUUUCUUCGAUGUCAGGACAAACACAUCUUGGGAGUCCAUGGCUGGCUCCCAAGCGAAGCGCCGCAGUCGCCGUGAGCAGAUUGCCGAACCCGUCUUGCAUACCAAGAAGACGGUCGACGAUGCCAAAGAUCUCAAGGUUGACCCAAAGACGCUUGAUUCGAUGCUGCGCAAAGCUUGCAGCAAUAUUGUCGAAUCAGAGCCCGAUCUUACCAAAUGGGAUACCAUCAUGGGUGAUGGCGACUGUGGCGAGACCUUGAAGACGGGCGCACUAAACCUGCUGGCUGCCCUCGAUUCUCAAAACUUGGCUUCAAGCGGUUCUGUGGUCACAGUCUUGCAAGAGCUUGAAGAGAUUGUCGAGGGAAAGAUGGGUGGCACCCUUGGGGGCAUUCUCGGCAUCUUCUUUGUCUCCAUGCGUACUGCACUAGAGCAGAAUAUUGAUCAAGGCACCGGAUCCGAGGGUAUCCCAGAACUUUGGGGCAAAGCGCUCAAUGUUGCUCUUGGCAGCCUGCGCAGGUAUACGCCAGCUGGCGAAGGCGAUCGGACAGUCAUGGACACUUUGAUUCCAUUUGCCCGUGAACUGCUCUCGAGCAAUUUUGACCAGGCUGUCGAGGCUGCUAUUCGAGGUGCUGAAGCGACAAAGAGCAUGAAGCCUAGACUUGGGCGUGCGACUUAUCUUGGUGAGAAUACGAGCAGAGACUCUGUCCCUGAUCCUGGUGCUUGGGGUGCUAUGGUUGCGAUCAAGGGACUCAGAGACGGCAUGUAG